GGGUGGGGAUGGCUACCCUGAAGAUCUGCGUGUCAUUGCUGUGUGUCAUCCUGCUGAGCGUCCUGAUUGGUCGAUCACAAGUCCAAGCCGGUGACGGUGAAGCUGAAGCACAAGCUGCUGCGCUGCUGAUGGACGAGACCACCUCGAGUUUCUCGGCCACUCGCGCGAGUCUGACUGCUCUGGCCGACGCCGCCAACACGCUCACUCACUCCCACGACCGAAGCGCACUAAAAGACGGCAUGGAGGCCUUCGACGGCGUCGCCAAGCUCGUUCCCUUCAUCGAAGCGUUCGGCUCGCUCGUGCGCUUCGCGUGCGGCUCCGGCGCUAAGAGCGGCGAUCACGCGACGUACGUCAAGAGGCGAUUCAGGCAGGUCAGCAGGGAGCUGGACUCCCUCUCCGCCCCCCAGGUGCGGCCGCUCCCCGGCCUGCCUCUCUGGCCGAGCGCGGAGGAGGGGGUCGUGCUGAACGCCUGGGCCCAGCUGGAGCAGCUCGUCUCCAGCCUCGCCGUGGCCGAGACCCCCGCGGAGAGGACCAGGGCGGCGGAGAGGUUCACCGGCUACUACGAGAGCAGGGGAACAGAGGACGGCGUGAUGAGCUUCCACAGGCGCGUCACCGAGAGCAGCCCGGUGAGGGGGGGCAGUCUGCUGCAGCUGAUCUGGGAGCAGUCCGAGGGGGACGUGCGCGUGCUGACGCGGUUCUCGUCCUACGUCACGGCUCUGAUGAUCCGAGGGUCCUUCGUCAGCGCCAUCUACGACAAGCUGAAGAGCGACCGUCGUGCCGACCCGCAGAGGGCUCCAACGGCCGCAGAGCGUCUGCUCUCGCUCUCGAAGUUCGUCCGGCGGAGACUUCUCGACUGCGCGGACGGCUACGCGGCGUGGGUCAGAAAGGACGUGGAGGAGAUCAUGAGCCGUCCGUUCUCAGAGGUCCGGUCGAUGGCCACGGACAUCAAGGCACACCUGGAUGCCAAGUUCAACUGGUUUACCUGGACGGUCAUCGUCCUGGACUCCAGCUUGGAUUACGGGUUCACGUACGGAGACUUCGUCACGUUGCGUUCUCAGGGGCGGACGGUCUACCUCGUCCCCCGCAGCAGAGAGGCCGAGGUGGACGCAGCUCGCCGUGCACAAGCGCGUCAGAAGAUGAAGAAUAGUCCCGUCUGCCCCAUGGUGCAGGAGGACAUGACAGAGGGGUUCCCCAGUGGCCUGGUGAAGCAGAUGGCUUUUGCUCACGCCAUCUCCGAGUCUUUGGACUACACGACCGUCGGCGAUACCGUCACUGAGAACUGCUAUUCAACCUUCGUGUUCAUAACGACAGGAACAUACACCAACACCGUUGUUCUGAAGGGCAUGGAGAGUCUUAAGUACCCCAGCUGCUCAACGCUACAGUGUCGCCACGGAACUUGUAGGCAAGCGGAGAACUCUUCCACAGGAUUCUGUCUAUGUGAGCCCAGGUUCUAUGGUCGCAGUUGUGAGAACGACGUCUGGAAUGAAAUCAGGAACUCGAGAGCCUUGGAGGAAAAGAUCAACUCCAUCAACGUCAACCCUGUUCCAGACAUAACUGCAGUUUACUUCCGGGUUCAGGAACUAGCACGGCACGCUGAGGCACGAGAGAGAUUUCAGUGGGUGAAGCUACGCUACCAGGAUGUGAUGGAUAAACUGUCCUUUGUAAGCCAUCAGGCCGCUUCGUUGAAAAGACAUCAGAUUUCUACGGAUAGAUUUGUCUCAAAUUUCGGAGCCGUUGUAAAGACAGAGGAGGCGUUUACGUAUCUCCUGUUCCAGUUCGACAACAUGUUAAGAGGGAAUAAAGGGGAGGAGGACUCGAGCCUUCUGGAGGCUUUACGAGAGCUGCUCUUGCAUCCUAAAGAUCCGUCAGUCCAGCCGCACGAUCCGAUAGCCUGCUCGGCCUCCUACGCGGAAAAACUGGACGACUUUGUCAAGUCCGUGACCACCCUUAGGUCGGAGGGUGUCUCAGCCUGGCAGACCUAUUUCACAUUUGUGUACGGUAAACCCAUAGAAGCUUCUUUUGUAAAUACUGUAAAGGACAUGUCCGUGGGCUCUGGGUGUGGUCCUCUCAGCGCCGAUCACCUGAUCAACAGCUACUGCCAGAGGCCGCACCACAGCGCCGAGCGGCAGCGCGUCCAGCUCAGAUGUUCCGGAGGCUUCCGGGCGUUCCCAGAGACGGCGCAGUGUUCCGACGGACGGUGGAGCGCCCUGCCCGUGUGCUACACGGAGCCCAGGAACGGCGCCACGCGGUGCAGAGCGGAGAACGGCACCACGGUGUGCGAGGCGUCGUGUGACGACGACGGCGCCGCCCUGCUGGUGAGCGGGGAGCGCGCGGAGGUGUACCGCUGCACUAGCGCCCCCUGCAGGCCCUUCAGCCCGGCCGGCCCGUGCGCCGGACCACGCUGCUCCAGCAGCCGCACCUGCGAGGACGACCAGGUGUGCGACGGCGGCAGGUGUGUGGACGGCUGCAGUGGUUCACCCUGCGGUGCCAAUGCCGUGUGCUCCACCUUCCACCACGUGCCCGUGUGCACCUGCGUGGGCCCCUGGGUCAAGAACCGAGCGCAGCAGUGCAGCUCUCCCAGCAUGCACUGGGCCCAGCCCACGCACACACCUAACGGCACUGUUAAAACCCCCUCUGGCAAGCGGGUGUGUCGGGCUCUAGGACCCAGCGGAGACUGGCACGCUGGUUGGGUCUACACGGUGGCUGGGCGGGACUCCUGCCUCUUUGGCUACGAUGGCAAAACAAUGAGAGCCGCCAAGUAUGAGUUGCUGCUGGACCCCUGUGAGAGUAAAGGUUACCUGUGGAUCCCCGGAGGCCCCCACUCUGACUCCAUGUGGGCGGGCUACACCACAGACACGUCAGGCAGGAUGCUGUUCGUGUGCAGUUGGUGGGAAGACUAUAUGGACAGCAAGCGCGGCUUCUCCGGGACGCUGGUCCAGACCUCAGAGGGGUACAAGUGCACCAUCGCUCUCAACCGAGCCGCUCACACCACCUCCAGCUACCUGACGCUAGUGCGGGUGCAGUCCUGCCAAGCCUCAUCACCAGUGGAUCGGGUACACAGCCAUUUGUAGCUGGGACUAGCAGCAUCAACCCACUACAGUGGAUGGAGCACUGUUGUUGAACAGGGAUUAGCAUAAACCCCAUGGACAUUGAACAGCACACUGUUAUGUUGAACUGAAACUAGCAUAAACUAGCCUAACUUCGCAGAGUCUGGCCUACUGUAGAUCGUUUAUUUCCUGGUUGGUGGACGCUUGUCUGAAGUUUGAAAUCAUUGGAGUUCCAUCACUAACGUUAAGUAAUGACUUUUGUUAACCAUGGGGGACACAGCGAUAAUGAUAGGCUUGAAACUUACAGUUUUUUACGAUUGUUUACACACUAAAAUAAAAAUGUUCACACAAAGGAGCAAAACACCUCCACAGAGUUUCAAAACAUUAACACACAGUGAUUUGUAAAACUCUACACACAUUUCCACACCUUAGACACAGAUAAGAGGUUACUUCCUUGUCAUUACAAAGCCCCGGAUUGCCAAUGACUACACUAAUGAACAAAUUGGAUAAUCAGAGUCAAAGUGUAUGUACUUUAUGCAGUAGUUUUUAUUUGUCUACAGAUUUUAUUUGUUUAAAUGAUUUCAUUGUUGAUUGAUUACUGUAGCUGAUUAUGGUAAGAAAUACUGUAAGUAUUGAAAUAAAUACUUUCAGUAUAUAAUAAAUAUUUUCAGUCUACAGCA